UUACGCUCAACGUAUCGCACACACGCGCCGCUAACCAGGAAAUAAAGCACACCGCCAAGCCCAACUCCAAAUCCUCCAAAUGGCUUUCUUCAAAUCUCUGAUGUGCUUGGCUCUAGUGAGCAUCGCCUCCGCCGGUGUCCUGCACAGCGGGCCCGCUGUCUAUGCCGCCGCUCCUGCUCUGGGCUAUGCUGCCCAUGGCCACCACGAUGAGGGUCUGGAUUAUCACGCCUAUCCCAAGUACCACUACAACUAUGGCGUCUCUGACGCCCAUACCGGCGAUGUCAAGUCCCAGCAUGAGGUGCGCGACGGAGAUGUUGUCAAGGGCUCCUACUCCCUGGUGGAGCCUGAUGGCUCAGUGCGCACCGUGGAGUAUACCGCCGAUGAUCACAAUGGCUUCAACGCAGUCGUGCACAAGAGUGCGCCCACUGUGCACGCUGCGCCCGCCGUCCAUGCUGCUCCUCUGGUUGCCCAUGCUGCGCCCUUGGUGGCCCACGCUCCAGCCAUCGCUCACCAUGUGUCUGCCGCUCCAGCUGUGGCUUACGGUGGCUCUGUGGCACAUCAUGCCGCUGCUGUGCCCGCUUACGGCUACGCCACCCACAAUGCUCAUGCGCAUGUCGCCCACCCACAGUAUUCCGGUGAACUUGGCGUUGUUUGUAUCUGUUGCCGUUGCAGUACCAAAACCAGUUAUCGAAACGAAUUCGCAAUCGACAAUACGAUAUCAAAAAAUCUCCAGAAAAUGGCAAAUUUCGUGUGCUUUGUUAUCCUCUCCCUGGCUCUGUUCGCCAGCGUAGCCGUGGCGCGUCCUGGAUAUGCUGUGGAUUACUAUGACCAUCCCAAAUAUUCCUUUAACUAUGGCGUUGCUGAUCACAGCACAGGCGAUGUCAAGUCACAGCAUGAGACGCGCGAUGGCGAUGUUGUCAAGGGUCAAUACUCUCUGGUUGAGCCCGAUGGCUCCAUUCGCACCGUGGACUACACAGCUGACUCGAUUCAUGGCUUCAACGCGGUUGUCACCAAAUCUGGACCCACUGUGCACGCCCAGGCGCUAGUCACCAAGCCCAUUGUGGCGCACAAGCCGAUUCUGAGCCACUACCAACCACAUGUGGCUCCAGUGGCUGCGCCGGUGAUCGUCGCCGCCUCGCCAGCGCCCUAUGUCACCAAGCAAUACGCGCCCGCUGCUGCGCCCAUCCACUACGACUACGACGACGGCAGCUACUACAACCAGGCCCAAUACGAAUAUGUGCCACAGUACGACGCAGGACACUAUGGACACUACACUAGUCCCUAUGCGGCACACUAUUAAUGUAUCAUCGUAACUAGAACGCGAAACACUUGCUAUUUAGUGGCCUAAACAAAUUUAGUUUGUAUAUGUUGGAUGAAAGCUGAAAAAAAAACCUUCGAUAAUAAUGAUGUGGAUCUUUAUUUAUGUUUAAGUUGUGAAUUUUGUUUUGUAAAAUAAACAUUUCAACAAUA